AGUACCUAUGAAAAGCAGUCAGCUGAUGGCUAAACAUUUGUCCAUAGUUGCGUCAUGACUUGAGCACCAGCGGACAGAAACAAGCAAGAACAACCCGUUGCAGGGCAGUCGAGCACCUAAUAUAACACACACACACAUACACAAUGGCCAGCGUAUCUCUUCGUAUCUUCGCCGUCUCGUCCUUCAACUCAUGACCAUUGCGUCAACCGUUGAAGUGAACUAGGACUAUUUGAUUCUUGUGGGUCGGCAACCACAGUCCAUCAUGUCUUCCCAGAAAGCGACCAAGUAUUCUCAUCUGCCCUUGAGCACGACCGGUCCCAUUGACUGCGCCGUCAUAGGAACGGCGCUGCUCAACACGGCUUACUUCAACAAGGGCACGGCUUUCCCCCCCGACGAGCGGAGGCAGUUCGAAUUGACUGGGCUUCUUCCGCAAAGCGUGCAUACCCUCGAACAGCAGGUCAAGCGCGCCUGGGAGCAGUACUCCGCCAUGACCGACGACCUGUCCCGGAACACUUGGAUGGCGUCCAUGAAGGAACAGAACGAGGUUUUGUACUUCAAGCUCUUGAUCGACCAUUUAGACGAGUUAUUCAGUAUAGUUUAUACCCCGACCGAGGGCGAUGCCAUCCAAAAUUACUCGCGCAUCUUUCGUAGGCCCGAGGGUUGCUUCCUCAACAUUCGCGACCUUGAUAGGGUGGAACACGACUUGGCCCAAUGGGGUCACCCGGAAGACAUCGACUACAUCCUCGUUACAGACGCCGAGUCCAUACUGGGCAUUGGGGAUCAGGGUGUGGGCGGCAUUCUCAUCUGCGUUGCGAAGCUGGUGCUCACCACCGUCUGCGCUGGCAUCCAUCCCAGCCGUACCCUUCCCGUCGUUCUCGACUGUGGCACCGAUAACGAGUCCCAUCUCCGUGACGAUCUCUACCUGGGAUUGCGGGAACGCCGUGUCAGAGGGCCCCGGUACGAUGAAUUCGUCGACACCUUCGUCCAAGCAGCAAGGCGUCUCUAUCCCCGCGCCUACAUUCAUUUCGAGGACUUUGGCGUCGCCAAUGCUCGACGAAUCCUCGAUCGAUACCGCCCUGAUAUCCCGUGCUUCAACGACGACGUGCAAGGGACCGGCUGUGCCGUCCUGGCCGCCAUCAAGAGCGGCCUACACGUCAGCAGCCAGAAGCUUUCCGAUCUGCGCAUGGUCAUCUUCGGUGCCGGGUCGGCAGGUGUGGGCAUCGCCGACCAGGUGCGCGCCGCAAUCGCCACCGAGCGUGGCAUCGACAAGGAGGAGGCAGCCAAGCAGAUCUUUCUCAUUGACAAGCAUGGUCUCCUGACGUCCGAAUCGGAAGUAUCGUCAUCCCAGAAGCCUUUCGUCAAGGAUGCUGAAUCCUGGAAGGGCAAAGAUACCUCGCUGCUCUCCGUCGUCCAGGAAGUUCGCCCCAACGUCCUUGUCGGGACGUCCACCGUCCCCAAGGCUUUCACCAAGGAGAUUGUCGAGGCCAUGGCCUCCGGCGUCGGACGUCCCAUUAUUUUGCCGCUUUCGAAUCCCACUCGCCUGCACGAGGCCAUCCCCGAGGAUCUUCUGAACUGGACCAAGGGCAAGGCUCUUGUUGCCACCGGAUCCCCGUUCCCGCCCGUCAAGGGGCCAUGGGGGAAACACGGCGCCCAGACCGAGGUCAAGAUAGCCGAGUGCAACAACUCGGUUGUCUUUCCGGGUAUCGGCCUAGGUUCCGUCUUGUCUCGCGCCCGCCUGGUCACCGAUAAGAUGCUGGUGGCUGCUAUCCAAGGCGUGGCCCAGAUGAGUCCUGCCCUUGAAGAUGAGACGGCCCCGUUACUGCCUGGCGUCGAUUCCGUGCGGGAGGUCAGCGUGCGCGUCGCGAGGCGCGUCAUCCAGGCCGCGAUGGCGGAGGGCCUGGCCACCGAGGUUGACAUCCCCACCGCCGACGCCGAUCUCGAUGAAUGGAUUCGAGAACAGAUGUGGGAGCCCGAGUAUCGACCUCUGAGGCUAGUCGGCGCUGAAUCUGCGUCGAGGGCCGCCAAGGGAGAGUUGAAGAUUGCUGGAAGUAUGAAGAGGUAACAGGUGAUUAUGGCUCCAACUCAUGGCUCUGUCCUUCCGCCG